CAAUAAUUAAAAUAUGUUUGCUCGCAGAUUUCUCAAAAAUAUCAUCCCAAAAAGACAGUUACCUCAACUCCAACAGAAAUACUGAAUCUGGCCAGCCAGAAACAUGAUGCACAGACCUUCAUACAACUUAUUUUGUACAAAGAACAGUCCAGUAGUGUCUCCUGAAGCUCCUGUUCAGGAGAAAUCUGAAUUUAAGAGUAAAAUUCAGAGUUGGGACAGGAACAAGACUGCAGAAAUUGACGAAGAAAUCCGAGAAGCUAAUGAACUCCUGAUAUUAGCUUCAUCAAAGCUUGUUAAGGCUGUCGAUAUUCUCGAGCUCUUAUCAAUACUAAGGAUUUACUCUGUCUACCAAGUUGGUGAUGACAAGUUUUAUAAAAAGCUACAUAACACCACACUUUACAAACUCAACUUUAUGAGACCUGAUCAAAUAGUGUCCAGCUUCAUGUGACUGGCAAAUGUGCAUCGGAAUCCGAAGAUUAAUGUGGAUUUUAGUAAGUUUAUGAACAUGGCUCUGUACAAGAUUCUCAAGUCAGCUUAUUCUCUCAAGCCUGAAGAUAUUGCAGGCGUAGUGUAUAACAUCGGGAGAAGCAAACUUGGUACCCAAAAGAUCCUCAGAAGUUAUAAGAAAAUCAUUAUGCAGAAAAUACAAACUUAUAACCCGAAAGAAUGAUACAAAGUGCUCACUGGUUGGCUACAAAGUGGAUUUUUGUUGAAAGAAGACCAGGAAUUUCUUAAUCAACUCCUUAUUUGAAUCCUCGGAGAUCUGAAAUCUAUCUCAAAUGAGUUCCUCACAGAGCUGUAUUAUACCUUAUAUGGUAGAGGAAUCCCGAUACUAGAAUUUGAGUAUCAUCAAGAACUAGAAGAGGAGAUAUUUGAAAGAUGUCAUGAAUUUGAAUUUAAACAACUAGCUCAAGUCCUUGCAACCUAUAAAUUCAUGGAUAAGACUUUCCCAGAUGAAAGAUUUGAAAGGGCAUUAGAAGACUUCCUUGAGAAACUUAUUCCAGACGAAGUUCACUACCUCGUCAGGUAUUUCUAUAAUGACAAGGUAAACCUGGGAUUGAGUAAAAGAAUUCAGGAAAGACUUGAAGACAUCAUCAGAGAGGAUGCAUCAGAGAUGAACUCUGAAGAACUUUCAAUGACUUAUUCUGCUCUUUCUCUAGCUCAAAAAACCUCUCCAGAACUGUUAGAAUAUCUUGAAGAUAAUAUCAAAGAUUCUCAGAGCAACAUGACUCUCGAUUCUAUUAUUCAUCUUCUCAACUUAAAAACACAAGGAGGUGCUGAAUUUUUCAACCUCGAAAAAUUAGCUGCUCCUUCUACUCUAAAGUUACUAAAGCAAAAGAACUUUGAUGCUCGUGAGUACACGACAAUCGUGUUGCUCUUCACAGCAUUGAAUUACUAUGAAGAGUCAUUCUGGAGGGAGGUUCUCAGUUACCUUCCUGAAGUGCAGCUUCCAGAUGCAAUUAGCUACAUGCAGCUACAUUCCUCACUUUCUGUCAUUCACAAGCAGAUCAACAUUGAAGAAGAACUGAAGUUAUUAGACAUCUAGGCGUUUUCAAUAUAUUCUUAUGG